AGCAACAACACAGGACAACGCGAGCCGGGCAAACAAAAAGGAAUAGACGCUACGCUAAGAGGAAGAGCAGAGGCAGAGGACGACGAAGAGGAAGAGGCAGCAGAAUCGACAAGGACCAGGAAGAAGAAGACGCCCCGAGAGAAUGGACCAAUACACGGUGCUGACGGGGGACCGUUCCAAGAUCAAGGACCUGCUGUGCAGUCGGCUGACGGAGUGCGGCUGGCGGGACGAGGUGCGCCUGAUGUGCCGCACUAUUCUGUUGGAGAAGGGUACCAACAACAGCUUCACCGUGGAGCAGCUCAUCACGGAGGUGACGCCAAAAGCCCGCACCCUUGUUCCGGACGCCGUUAAGAAGGAGCUGCUCAUGAAGAUCCGCACCAUUCUCACGGAGAACGAGGAGGAGGCUGACGAGGCGGAGGACGAGCCCUGAACUGACUACGAUUACCCAUGAUUUCCAUACAACUACAGUAAUUACUCAAUUUUAUUUGUACGGUUUUAUACAUAAAUCCCAGCCAGGGAAUGGAUACACAAAGUA